AUGAUAACAAAGAUGGCAGCUUCUAUAUUAGAGCAUGGGGAGGAUGCGUUUAGAAAGCUGUUUAAGUUUUAUAAGAGGAGAAAUCCUCCUCCUGACUUUACUGAAGUCAUCGAUUUUUCUAAAAAAGUAGGGAAUGAACUGGUCUUUGAAGCUAAAUUGGACCAUGACAGCAUCAGUGAGGAAGCUGCCACCAAAGCUGGACUUCGACCUGUUAAAGAGUGGAGAGCUUUUGGUCUGCAGGGUUAUCCAGGGUUUAUAUUCAUCUCCAAUCCCUUCCUGUCUGGCUCACAGCAGUACUGGGUGAAGCAGUGCCUGAAGGUUUAUCCCCAGAAACCCAACGUGUGUAAUCUGGACAUGCACAUGUCCCCCGCUGAGACAGAGAACAUCUGGGAGAAAAGCAUAAGCAGUUUUAGGACGAAAGGAAAGCGAGAGCCCAGGACUCUGCUGGAAAAACUACGCUGGGUGACUUUAGGUUACCACUACAACUGGGACACCAAGACCUACUCUCCUGACCACUGCACUCCUUUUCCCCGGGACCUGCACUCUCUAUCCUACACAGUAGCUUCAGCAUGUGGGUUUCAUGGUUUUGACGCAGAAGCAGGAAUUCUUAACUACUACCGCUCCGACUCUUCUCUCGGCAUCCACGUGGACGAAUCUGAGCUCGAUCACUCUCGGCCUCUUUUGUCUUUUAGCUUCGGGCAGACCGCAGUCUUCCUCCUGGGCGGCUCUAAAAGACAGGACCUUCCUACAGCCAUGUUCAUGCGCAGCGGUGACAUCAUGGUGAUGUCCGGCUUCAGCCGCCUGCUGUACCACGCUGUGCCAUGCAUCGUGCCCGCCCCCGCUGCCCAACCUCUGCCCUUCUGUCUGGACGAACGGAUGGAGAAAUCGGAGCCGCGCGAUGGCGUCGUCCAGGGUGUGUGUGAAGAGGACUGGGCGGUGUGCUCUACUUACCUGAAGACCUCACGCAUAAACAUGACAGUCAGACAGGUGCUGGGUCCGGGGCAGGCCUUCCCCAUCACACGCUCACCUGGUAUGAAGGGAAAACAAUCUGCUAGUGGCUAUGAGGAGGAAUCGGAUGUGGAUGUUCAAACAGCCAAGAAGAAGAAGAAUGAGUCGGGACAUGAUGUCAAUUUUUGACGUCCAGGUUAAAUUUAGUUUGGACUUUUAGUAAGAUGUGUGACAAAGAUAAAUGAGCUCAAUGAUGUUCAGUAGUUAAUGUAAAGAGAAUGUAUGUUCAGAAGCUGUACAUAUGUGAAUAAAACACUUAUUUCCGUCA